GGGAUGAAAGAGGGAUUGAGCCUCCGCAGCGUCUGUGCUUCUGUGAGUGUGUGUGGAGCGUUUGUCUCUGAGAGCAAGAGAUGCUGAAAGCACCAUGACGCUGGAAGUGGCUGUUGGGUACCGAAAACAGAACAGGAUGGAGGAUCAGGACCGGGUCAGUCAGGCCUCCAGCAGCGCCACGGUCUCCUUUCUGCCAAUCAGAGACAAGGGUCAGGAUAAAGUGCAGACGUUUGGAAAACGAUGCCAAGCGGCGAAGAGAGACCCGAACUGCCCUGUGGUGAUCAGAGGAUGGCUGUACAAGAGGGACAGCACUGGACUGAAGUUAUGGAAGAGGCGUUGGUUUGUUCUGUCUAACUACUGCCUCUAUUAUUAUAAAGACAGCCGUGAGGAGUCAGUUUUGGGCAGUAUUCCUCUCCCCAGCUACAGGAUCCUGUACUGCUCACCUCGAGAGGUCAGGAACCGCAAAUAUGCAUUCAAGGUUGUUCAUCAGGGGAUGCGGCCGUACAUCAUGAGUGCCGAAACCCAGGAGGACAUGCUGGGCUGGGUCAGAGCUCUCAGCCAAUCAGCAAGCAUGGAGGCUGAUGACAUCAUCAACAGACGCUGUGCCAGUUUUCAAGACUUCACUGUGAUGGGAGAUAAUGCUGAAAUGAUGGAGCUCCAGCACACCUUUUCAGAAAGAAGCACCCAGAGUAAACUGACCAGAGUGCUGACAGAACCCAAUCUGGUGGAUCAAGAGAUGACGGGGAUUAAGAUGAAGACUGCAGAACUGAGAGGAAGACAUGGGAGCAGGCCGAUGGCUCCUGAAUUUACUGAACAUUCUGCAACUUUGGGAACUUCGAAUGAAGAAUCCUUGUCGUUCCUGCAUCCAAAAGUGACCUUCAAGCAGCCUCCAUUUCCCAGAGAUGAGUACGAUCCCCCAGCUCUUGGGAUCAUUUGGCCUUUGGAAAACUGUUCAAGUGCUCCAGUGUCACCCUGCAUCUACACAGAAAGAGGACACCUGACUGACAAGCCCUUUCAGCCUGAAUAUCCCAGCUCUCUGUGCUUCUGCUCGAACUACCACACCACUGAACACAUGACAACGUGCAAGGCAGGAAAAGACUUUCUCAUGGAGAGACAACCGAUACAACCAAUCAGAGAUCUGGAAAAUGACACAGAUGUGGUUCUGACUCGUCUGUGUGGCUGUGAUAAACUGCUGCAGUCCAUCUCCAUGCAGCUGUCUCAGUUACAGGCAGAUAAAAAAAGCGUGGAGUAUGCUCUAGAAAUCAAAUGGAUGGGGAUUGAAGAUGGACUUCCAGUAGAGCAUCAGGACGUUUCCCAGAAGGCACUGCUUCAGGAAGACCUGGUUACACUCAGAGCCAGAAUAUGUGAUUUGUCACUGGAGAUGGAGAGGUUGUGGAUUGACUAUGAGCGGAUGGAGAGCGAGCUGUCUGUCUUCCACUCUCACCUCCAGCACAUCCUCCACUUCGGUUCACCACAGGAGCAGAUUCAGGCUCAGAGGCAGCUCUGGAUGAUGGAGGACAUCCUGUGCGGUUUAAGGGUCAAUAAGAACCGCUUCAUGGCCUUACUGGGUCUUCAGACACCGGGAGUUCCUCAGUCAAAACCAGUUUCCUACUUUGAGGGCGAGUUAGGAGGACUCAACAUGGAGUGUGUGACCGAAGCAGAGCAGCAGGACUACAUGAAGAUCCAGCAGAGUUAUAAAAGAUGGACUCAAGAAAAUGAAAGCAAAGCGAGCUCUGAACACGAAGCUUCACAUGAGCCUCUGCGUCUGACACGUGUCGUGACGUCCACCCUCCCGACAACGCUAAUCGCUGAGCGCAUUUAUGUAGACGAUGUUUACUCAGAGUCUCCAGAGCAAAUCACAUUACAGUCAGGACUGAGGAACAGCCAGAGGAGCACGGUGAAAAACCCUAGUAAAGCACAGCAGCACGAGAUGACCGACAGAAACAGACAUUUACACUGGGCUGACGGACAUCAAGACAUGCAGAAAGGACAAAAUCCCAAGGAGAAAACACUCAUGGGGAGAAAGAGCUGGAGACAACAUCAGCAAGAGCCCGAACCUGGAGACUUGAGUCUCACAAACUCUGAGUCUGACUGUGACGCCGCUGCCUUGAGCUCUCAGAAACAGCAAACGACACCCAGAUAUACUGACAAAAGAGACAGAAGUAUGAGUGCAGCCAGAGAGCACUUUAUAGACGACAUUCAUCCCUUGAAACUCAUUACAGCCACUGAAAAAGAGGCGGAUAUCCACAAGUACACACCAGAUUCGACUGUCGUACACAACGGCUACAGUGGUGAGAGACGCAAAUAUAAAAAGCACAGCAAGGACCCAAUAAUGCCUCAGUGUGAGGAUACAAAAGAAUCAAAAACCAAACCAUCACAGCAAUCAUCGUGCAACGACAUCAUUGUCAUAGAGAGCCACUCCAUCAAUCACAUCUCAACUCUAACAGUGUUUAAAGGACAUCAGGGACGCAGCCAAGCACACAAACCUCACAAAAAGAGCAGUUCUGACCGAAAAAAGCUUGCAGUGUCUACUAAUGAGUGUUUUCUAUCAAACAACAGAAGAUGCGAGUUAGUGCCGGUGUAUGUGCACGACCCAAAACCUCAAGCAUCCAUCCCUCCAGUGGAAAAUCAACAAGCAGAAGAGGGAACCAAUCAAACGCAAGUGGGAGGAGACUGUGGGCGGAGUCAAAGUCCCAAAACAGCACUGGAAAAGCCUCAUAUUUUACAGGCUAAUGAAAUAAAAGACGUUCAACCAAUCACAACGUCUGACAAUCAACCGACCGACCAAUCCAAGCCAGAGCUGUGCAUUUAUGAAGAAAUUCAAUUCAGCCCUCCGAGCUCAGGAGAUGCUGAUGGGAAUCAGAAAACUCAAACUAACGGAGAUGAAAAACAGCAAUCAAACCACAUGGUAAAUGAGUCUGGAUCAUCUCACGUCGAGGUCAAAGAGUGCAGCACAACUGAGAAAAGCCAAACAGGAAGUGAUGUCAGUAAGAGAGGGAAGGAGAAGAAAUCGGUCAUGAAAAGCACAGUAAUAAAUCAUCAUGUUCAAGAUUGUAGGCCACGAAUAACUGUGGUCAGCACAAGCUUGUAGACGACAGAGAGACUGCGGGAAGUUUGAGGAAAGAAGAGAUUAUAAUGAAAACAAAAGUACAGAGUACAAUCUAAAAAAUAUGUAUAUUUUAAUUAAUAGUUUCUGUAUUUUGUGACUCACAUCACAGCAAGCAUGUUUUGUGUUUAAAAGAUGUCUAAACGAUGUCUAAUAGACGUCUAAAUGAAGGCAUAUUUGCUGAAACAUAUUUGGGCUGACAGUGAAAAUCUAAGGGGUGAAGCCCGACAUUAUAAAGACACGGGGCUCUGCCCAAAUGUAGUUGGUCUUUAACCCCCCCCCCCACUACACCCCCAAUUUACCCUUAAAAAAAACCUGUUCAUUUAAGGCAUCAUAUAUUAGAAUAUUUUCUGCAAAAUAUUAGACGCAUGGUUAAAAAAAUAGGUGGUUUUAUUCCAGAUAGAAGUGUUUAUUGUUGUCAGACUCCACUUUCACAUAAAUAAAUCAGUCAAAACUCAGCCUGUGCACAUAGUAUCUCCUCAAAUCGCACGGAGCUGUCAACGUAAAUCUGAGGUAAAUGAAAUUAACCAAAACAAGAUAGCCUAACUUAAGUCUAUCCUCUUUGAUUAGGGAUGAAUUAUUAAUUACGUGGUUAGGGAUAGAAAAAGAACCAACAUAUACUAUAGUUUAGCUGACAGCGAGGUGCUUAUUAGAUACUGUGGUAAUUUUUGUCCUUUUGCAAUCUUGAGAAGAAUGCAAGAACACUAAAUUUACCGACUCUCUUAAAAUGCACACAAACUCUAAAUAAAAUACUAAAAUAAAUCAAACCUACAUCAGUGUGUACGUGCAUUAAUCAGUAUUAGUUUUGUGAUUUGUGUGAGCAGUGAUAGUCUAAUAUAGUAAAUGUAUUUUAUUAACUAAUAACUUUCCACAGGGCCUUUUCCUGGAGCAAAUUUAAAUAAACACUUACAUUUAAGGACUAAAUUUGAGUCUUUAAAUUGUCCAUGUGCACUUCCUCUAGGAACAUAAUAUUGUGGGAAUUUUUAGUCCCAGAAAGAAAAAAAAUGGAAAUUUUCGGCUUGACAAAAGAUUGAUUUCUAUUAAACUUUGUUCAUAAUUGCAGUGUUUCGUGAUGCAGUUUUUGUUGUUAUUUUAAUAAAUCAUCUCAUGUUUUGAGUGCUUUAUUUUUAUUGAGGUAAGGUUGGUUUUAUAUUCACACAUUCUGACUUUCUCCUUAUUAAUAUAAUUUCAGAGAAGUUCAGCAAAUUACACAACGUGAAAUCAUAUUAGCAGCCAAUGACUCUCAACGUACAUCACAUUGCGCAGUCAAAUAAAUAGUGCUAAAGUUGUUUUGAAGUUAUGUUUACAUGUGAAUAUUCAAAGUACCAUGGUAAACAACGUAGGGAGCGUGUCGCAAGUUGUCACUGAACGAAUGUGCGAAUAUAAAUUAACUUUACCUCAAUAUUCACUUUAUUUAUGUACUGGUAAACCUGCACUAAGCUGACAGCUAUAUCUUAAACUAUGUUUGCAAUAAUUGUGAUACAUAAUUUGCAUUGGAAAUCGUAUGUAUGAGUAGAAACAGCUGACCAUACUGGAUGUCUGUCAUCAUUUAACGUUACUCACCAUAUUGUUGCUCCAAAACGAAAUGUCCUGCUUCUUCUGUGAAUAUGUUUAGCAGAACAGAGCCUUUAUGUAUGUCAUGCUCCAAAACUAAAUAAAGUAUGUUU